CUCAACGAGGUCGGCGCUCCUUCACCUGCUUCCCGAUUCGUACUGCCUGGUGGCCGCGGUACAUGCUGAUUGACACGCAGAUCCUAUAUACGCAAAUUCUCAACUUGAAUCAAAGAAGCGUUAACGGACUAAGCAACCUUGAUCUGUGGAGCCGGAGACCUUUCAAGCAAACGAAGGGCAAAGUUUUGUCAUUUUAUGGAACUCUGCAGACUGAUGGGGUGGGCGUAAGUAUUACCAAGCAAAAUACUCCAAGUCGCAAAGGAGGCCGGCAAAAGAAGAUCGAGGUUCUGGAAGAGGAUGUGCCGUACGUUAACUCGCUUGCUCCAACUGAGCAAAGGGCCGCUGUAUUGAUCGACCCAGGACAAAGAGAUUUGCUUUUCUGCAUGCACGAGUACUCCGAACCAAACGCAAGAAUCCUCUAUCGUUACACCUCCUGCCAGAAGGCGAAUGAAUUGAAGACGAAAAAUACAGAAGGAUCAGAGACAUUAGUCAGCCAAUUCCCAAAUGUCAAGACUGGGCAGGAAAAAUUAUCACAACAUCCCAUUUCAGUCAAUGACCUCGAGACGUAUUGUCACAAUCUAGGGGAAACCGCAAGCGUAUCUCAGGUA